AUGAUAAUAGAUACGAUGCAGACGUCGAACAGGGACUACUUCUUUCAGACAACGGCCCAGCUGGAGAACGCUGAGAGGAAGCGGAAGAAGUCGACAAACUCGAAUGGAGAGCCAAUUAAGCUGCAGAGCAAGGUCCUCGCCAUAGUGGCUGAUCCGACUAGAGAUGACGCCGUGUUUCUUGCAGAGAGCUCUGGCACUGCUAGGCGGCUUGUGCUAGAAACGGGUGAAUCUGCCGCAGUCUACAAGGGCCCUACUGCCCCGCUGCCCUGUAUAUGUCUGUCUAUGGACGGCAGUACUGUCUAUGCUGGCUGCUGGGACAAGUCUAUCUGGAGCUGGGACGUCAAGACCCAUAAACCUGGCCACAAGUUUACCGGCCACACUGACUUUGUCAAAUCAGUCAUCUACGUCAAGUCUGGCGGCCGCAACCUGCUCAUCUCGGGAGGUGCCGAUACAGAUGUUAUUAUAUGGGAUCCCGCCACCGGGGAAAGACUGCACGUCUUGAAAGGCCAUACCCAUGGGAUCCAGUGUCUGGCAGUGGAUCCUGUAGCAACGGCAGAAGGUAACCCGCUUACAGUAUUUAGUUCAUCCAGCGGCCAGGGAAUUCACUCUUUCAGCAUCCCUUCAAGUCUCAGUGAGACGGCCCUGUUGGAGCCUUUCAAAGUCCACGAGACUAGUAUCUACAAGAUAUUCUUCGACGAAGAUGGGGAACUAUGGACUGCCUCGGCUGAUAACAUAGCUCAAUGUCUCAACCGGGAGAGUGGAUGGAAAUCUGAAACGGCGCUGGAACACCCGGAUUAUGUCAAAGAUAUUGUGAUCGAUGAGGCCCGGGGGUGGGUUAUCACUGCUUGUCGAGAUGAAGAAGUGCGAGUCUGGGAUCGAGCCACCGGUGAGCUCCACCACACGUACACGGGUCACUUUGAAGAAGUAACCGGACUGCUCGUCUUGGGCUCAAAAGUAAUCAGUGUCAGUAUCGAUGCGACGGUUCGACAGUGGCCGCUGGACCCCAAGGAGAUACAGCGUGCAAAGGCUGCAGGGGAAACGGGCGCUCAACCUGCCCCCGAGCCCGCCCCCGAGUCGAUGCUCACGGAGGAGGAGGAGCGAGAACUCGACGACCUCCUGAACGAUAACUAG